AUGAAAUAUCUCGAAAUCCCCGAGCUCGGGCUGCUGGCCUCAAUGCUCUCAGACUCCUCCCAUUCAGUUCGAACGAUGACAAGGCUUGAGGCUUACUCCUGCAAGUCGGUCGCCAGCGAACGCAAACUGAUGAAAUCCCUAGACCAAGAGUUCGCCUCUGAUCUCGAGAUCUCAACCUCAUCCUCAUCCCCAGAAGCUCUCUCGUCAUCCAAUGCGCUCGAAUCCGCAUUCGGAAGACUCGAUCGAAAGGACUGUCGAAAGACUUUCUGGCUGCUCAUCGCCACCCUCAACGCUGCCUACCCCGACCACAACUUCAGUCGGGUCAAGGUCGAAGACUUCCAGGCUGAAUCCCCUCAAGCCGUCCUCACUAAGCUCUCAGAGGCGCUCGAGCGCGACCGAUCAGGCGCCAACUUCGCCUCAACCCUCGGCGCACUCUCGACCUCUCCUGAAUAUAUCCCAAAGAAGAACUUCAGCUCCCCCGAGGACUCCCAACCACCCAACAACUCUUCACUCACCGCCAUCCACCCUCUGAUCCGCCAAGUGCUUGACCCUGUCAUUGACCUCUCUCACUGCGAGAUCUAUUCGUACUGUCCAGACGCCGAUAGCGACCCGCAUGCCGUAGUCUCCGACGACGAGGAAGACGUCGAGAGUGUUGCCUCCUCGAUCUAUGGCUCACCUAGACACGACCUCCUUCAACACUCCUACUCGACUGAUCUUGCCGAGGAAACCAUGUGGGAAAUCGAAGGUAUCGACCAUCCAACCUACAGCCAACCUACCACCCAUCCCGUCCGUCUGGCCUUCGGGACAUCCAACCUACCCACCCAGACCAUCAGCACCCCCUCCUCCCCACUGCCUAACCAGGCCACCCAUCCCACUCAAUUCUCAAAACCAUCCCAAAAACCGACUCGGCCGAACUCCGAGCUCCACCAAUCCUUCAAGGCGCACUCAGAUCUCCAGACCCCACUUCUCUCCCCGUUAUCAAGCUCGGGCGAGUCGAGCUACGAAGAAGAAUCUGCCGGCGGACUGCUGUGGAGCUCGCACUACUUCUUCUACAAUCGAAAGAUGAAGCGGAUCCUCUUCGUCUCUACCUGGGUCCGGAAAGCCCUGAUACCCUCUACGACGAUCAAUGAAUCCACAGCCAGUCAUUCGACACACGAGCCGGUCGACUAUCUCUUUACCUCGCAUCUCAACCGUCCAUCGACAACGAUGGCCGACACCGAUGCUGUGUGGGACCACCCCUCCCAGCUCGUCUUACCCACUCCUGAUAACCCUCAUCGCCGUGACUCUAACAACCUCCCCAAACGGCGCGACUCGGUCCAAAAGAAAUCGGCCCAGUCCGCCAAACGGGCCGUCGAUCGCUCCGAAUCUUCCUCCUCGCUCUUGACUCUAUCCAGGCCUCAAAAGAAGAAAAAGUCCGUCGGCGCCAGAGCUUAG